AUGAGUCCUCUAUCUAUUUCUAUGCAGUUGCCUCACUUUAGACUCGGCUAGGCUGCCUGGGUUGUCUACAAGUUGUACGUUUUGUUCCAUUUUAUCUGCUGUUUGAAACAACAAGCCACUGGUCGCAAUGGAGUCUUUUGUUAAGUUCACAAAUCAAAGUCAAGGAAGGGAUCGUAUUUUCAGGUAUGUAUUGGUAAGUUAGCGAGAUAGCUAGCUAAAUCGGCUUAUUUAGUAGCAAGCUAGCUGUCUACAGUAGCUAACUCAUGAUUUAAAAGUUGAGUAUAAUUCCAACCUUAAUUAGCUAACUAAUGCCAAUGUUAUCCAUCAUUCAUUUCUGCUGCAACAAGUUACAUCUCUUUGCUAAUGUAGCUUGCUGUCUGUCAAUCUAGCAAGUCAGAUCAGUUUAGUUUGUAUGAUGAUCUCCUUUUCAGUCUAACGUUACUAGCUACACAUAUAGUUGCUGUCCUGCUGAGAUGUGUGUUUAAAGGCCAUUAUGUCUAAUGCUUAUAUUUCAGGACAACCCAAUAUGCAUGUGCCUUGUCGAAGUAUUUGCUUCGCAAGAAUUCUGCAAGGAAAGAGCUUGUUGUCAAGCUGCAGAGUCUGGAGUCCAACAUGAGUUCUGGAAGGAAAUGUGAGUUUGUACAACCUUCACCACCACCAACUACUACACUCCCCAGGGACAUACUGUAGCUAACUAACCGGUAGGACAAGUGUUUUUGAAACAUGCUGUAGGCUAAUUAUUAUUGGAUGGCUUUAUGUGGAGAACAUUUUGGGUAUCAGACCCUCAACCAUUUGGAAGAGUAGGCUCACUAGGCUGCUUCUGCAAUUGCAUAAGACAUGGACAGUUAAGUUACAUAAGCAGUAAUUCCCCCAGGUCAUAUAGGAAAGCUGAAGGUCUAUGCCUGGAAAGAAGCUCUCUAGUUUUGUGCUGACAAAUAUUUGGUUCAACGAUCAGUCAAAUGUAGCCUACUUGAUAACUAUUUUCAUUCAUGAGCAUGUGCUGAAUUCUGUAUUUUGUUCUUUGUUUCAGUGUUCAGACUAGGGAACACUGUGAAUUCCAUUGACGCUGCCAAGCGAACCUUGCAGCUCUCUGACCCUGUGCUGCGCCUCUGCCUUACUGUGGCCAACCUCAACCGCGCCCUUUACUUUAUCUGCGACAAUGUGCUCUGGGCCAGGAAUGUUGGCCUUGUCCCUGGUAUUGACAAGGAGCGCUGGAGCUUGAAUGCCUCUCGUUGCUACUUCCUGUCCCUGGUUAUGAGUCUGACCAGAGAUGUUUACGUAAUCACCCAGACUAUGGUUCAGAGAACCAGAGAUAGGCAGUUUCAACAGAAAAUGGAUCAGCACCUCAACGACAGCCCUGAUGUGGCUACUGUUAUUGUUCCUCAACUGGAUGCUUUUCUGUUCCUGCUCUUCAAGAGUCUUAAAAGCCAUCCCUCGGUUGCCCUUGACACACUGAAAAACAUUUGUGAUCUUUUCAUUCCACUGGACAGGCUGGGUGUGUACCGGUCAAACCCAGGAGUGGUGGGCUUUUGUGGGCUGAUUUCCUCCAUCUUAGGGAUAGUGUCAGUCUUGCACCCCAGUUUGAAAAUCCAACCGUAACCUAGAGUUGAAGGAAAAGGAAAGGAGCUAGAAUUAUGAAAUGAAGAGAAGCCAUACACAGUACAAUGGGCAGAUGCCAGGACUAAGGUUUAUAGUCAAACACUGGUGAGACAGAAUCUUUCAGGGGUACUAUCCUACUUUAAAUGUCACUUCAGGGGAAGCUGCAUGUUAGCAGAAGUUCAGUGAUGACAGAAACCCCUUCAGAUAGCAGUUAGGAGCUUAAAGGGCAAACACUUAUGAGUAGCCGAUGAUUACUGUUAGGACCAACAACAGCUCAUAGGUGGAUACAUAUGUACCUUUUUAGACAUUUCUAAAUUAAUAUAUUAUAAAGGAAACUUUGCAGUAGUUUAGGAAUCACAAAGACAGAAUAGACUGGACAGGGAUCUUAGUCAACUUUGUUUACUAGUGUUUGAUUGAACGUAGAGCACUGUAGGUGGGUGCCAUAAUGCUUCCACUAAAUAACUUGACGGAUCAUGAGUUGCGUGAUUCAGCAUUACCACACUAAUCCAAGCCCACCAGCACUGUCUCCUGUAUGUCUUUAUGAUUCCAAGGCCACUUUGUAUACUAAUGUGAAUUUGCACUACCUGUGCAAUUGAUAAAAGGAAGCAUUCACUUUGGAAAUAAGGCCCUUAUGAUGUAGCAUAUAACAGAUUGAAAUGAACAAUUCAAGUGUACUUAAGAUUGUGACCAAUUGGAGCAUUUACCAAACAAUUUUGUUAAUGUUUUGUCUAAUUGUCAAAUCAUGUACAGUAUUUCUUUAAUUUUGUAUUGUUGUUUAACUAUGUAUCAAUACCUGAAACACUGAGGUUUAGGCCACGCCUACCUGUUUACAGUUAUAAUCUUCCUCUUAAUAGAUGCUGUUCAGCAUACAUAGUCUACAUUUUGUAUUCUGCCAGGGACAUCAACAAUGGCAGGGAUAUGGCCUAGAAGUCAGUAUUUCUCCAGCGCUGUUAUAUAAUGAGAUGUAAGGUUCUAAUGAUUAACACUAAUCAGUAGAUGUUUUCUAUUUAUCAUGAGGAAAGUACAAAAAGUCUAUGCAAAUAAUGUAUUCCAUAAUGGAAGAGCCUUAUUAAUACAGUAGAUUUCUAUGCAUAAUGCAAUGUAACAAAAUGGUUUGAAUUUGAUCAAACCUGUUGAAUAAUCAAAUAGAUUCCAUUGACUUAUGCUAUAAUUCACAAUGCAGUUGUAAAGUUAUAAUUAUCUGAAGUCCCGAGUUGAACAAAGUUACAAAUCAAGCAUGUUUGAUGAAUGGGGCCCAUGGGACUGAAACAUAUUGAAACACUGAAAGUAGAUGGAUGAUAAUUUGGGGUUGAAAUGCGCUUUUUUAUUAGAUUGCAAAAGUUCAAAGUAAUCCAUUAUUGCAUUAUAAGACAAUAACCAAGGUUAUUUUGAUGAUUUGGAAAAUGUCUCAAGGAUCUGGAAUAUAAGUGCAUCUUGAGGGAUGCAGAAUUCAAACAUGGUGAAUAUUUGUCCUCCUUUGCUUAAUUGAUUUUAUCUAAACUAUAUUGACAUUUUGACUAAAGUAGAGAACUGUGUGAUGUACAGUCACUAUUCAAGAUGAUGUAGAUGGCCUAUAAUAUCAGUUUGUGGUGCAAGGAAUUCCAAUAAAAGUGCUGCAACAUCGCCACCUUAAGAAAAUAUAGGAAUUUUUAAAAACUCAAUACUUGAUGAAAAGAGCAUUAUACUUUAUUUUUACAGAGACAAUACAUUUUGUAGGCUUUUUCUAGAGGAACAGGUGGUGAUAAAGCAUCCCCCACUGAAAAUUGCAAAAAUAUAUAUUCCAUUUCCCUUUUGCCAAGGAGAGGCUUUUUGUCUGCCUUUAAUAGACUGAGAAAAUUGUGCAAAGGAGGAACCAAAAAAAGAAAACAUUAAAAGCAAUAAAUAGUUACACAAAUUUGUUCUCAUAGGUAGACUGAAGUGACUUAUACAGGACAAGAGAUUUAAUUUCACAUUUCUAUUGAGACAUUUAAUUUACCAAUAUCAACAAAGUAAACGCAAACAGCCAAAGCAAAACAAUUACCUUAAAAUAAUCCUAGAGUUGUUUGAUUUGUAAGCAGUAUGCAGAUUAUCGUUCAAGAGCACAUUGUGGGUGUCAACAGUUAAGGACCUUUAGCCACAAAUCUGUAGCCCUACACAUGAAAAAUACAAUUUAGGGACCAAUAAAUUGAGUGCAUACAUUUGGUUUCAACUGCAUGUUAUGCAAUAAUCUCAAUUAUGAUAGAUAUGAACAUUAUGUAAACACCAAUGUGACUCAGAUUUUCCUAUUAGAAGGCACCUAGCUAACUCUGCAUAUAUCACAAUUAGCACUUAUUCAGAUGACCAGCCUCUGGCUCAGUCCAAUACUGCACACAAAGAGACAGUGGUCUAUGCUGGUCUCAUAUCUGAUCAUGUGCUUUCCAGAAUACCACAGUAGCAUACAUUUCAUUUAGGACAUUUAGAAUUCAACAAUAAAAAAAUAAACCAAACUGUGACAGAAGAACUCCCGACAUUUACAUGUCAGGGAUGAAUCUAGUUGAGUCAAGCACUUCUGACAGACCUUUCAGACACUUAUACAUAGCGCUAGAACCAGGUGGUUUGUGACAGUGGUGCAGAAUUGUAUUGGAUGAGCAAAGGCCCUUAACACAAUCACAAUUAUUUUUUGUACUCUGUUCAUGAUUAUCAAAAAGAUCCACAGACUCAUAUGGAUGAGGAAAAUGAACAGAAAUUAACCUAUGACAAACACAAAAGGAUUAGGGGCUCUAUUUAAUCUGUAUCGCU